UGGGACUCUACCAUGGAGGUUAAAGUACGUAUGCUUACUUAACCUAUUACUGAGGCCUCCUCACGGUGAGCAUCCUCGUCACGCAGGGCUCGUGUGGCGGCUGCCCUGGCAAAAAAUUUAGACUGAAGUUUGUGGAGUUUUGUGGGAGGCAGCAGCUGACGCGACACAAAAUGACUAAAACCGUACUCAAAGCACGUCAAAACGCACUCAAACAUUUGCGAGGUACGUACGUCGAGGUUCCUUUGAGCACAGUCAAGAAACCGACAACUGAUGACUCGCGCCGCGGCGCAUUUGAGGCAAGAGGGAGAGCCAUGCGUGCCUCAGAAAAGAAAUGUCUUAUUUCUCAUCAAUGACAACUCUAGUUAAGGAUCCAAAGAAAAUCAAUGCUGUCGUAAUGGGUCGGAAUACAUGGGACUGCAUUCCAUUGAAAUAUAGGCCUCUGAUUGGAAGAGUGAACAUAGUGCUUACACAUCAUGUGGAUGACAUACAACAAAAAGUCCCCAAAGGAGUGGUGGUUGUAGGAAGUCUUCAGGAGGCUGUCAAAUACAUAGAGGACAGAGAAGAUAUAGAGUCAACGUGGGUUAUAGGUGGAUCAUCUGUUUAUAAGAAUGAUGUGGCAUUAGCUGCUAAAAGACGAUCAGAAAGGCAACGUAAACAAAGGAAUAGAGUUGGUAAUAAACAGAAAAAUGAAAUAAGAAGAUUACGUCAAAAGGUACAUGAUUAUCAACGGAAGCUAAGGCGUAUCCAAAAAAAGAAAAUGACCCCAAACUCGAAGGUUAAUGAACAUUUAAAUAGCAACAGUGAAAAGAAGAAGAGAAGAAGGAAAUUAUUAUUUUGUGAAGUUAUCCAAAAUCAACUGCAGGAAAAUAUAGAACGGACAAAGAAUGAUAAUGAGAACAAAGUAAAAAAUAGUGAUGCAAAAGUUGUUAAGAACGGAGAUUUUGUGCUUGUAAAAUAUGAGAUAAAUGGCAAAAAAUACAGAUAUGCUGGUGUAUGUUCAUCUGAUUUUAAUGAUGAUGAAGAUGAUAUUCGUGUUACUUUUCUAAAGAUCUGUAAUGAUAAAGGUACUCUUUUUAAAAUAGAUGAUAACGAUGUAUCUGAUGUCAAAUGGGAAGAAAUUUUGACAAUAUUACCUGUUCCAAAGAUAGCUGCACUGAGUCACCCCAACUGUGGAAAAAUAUACCUGACUGAGAUACAGAAAAACUUUGAAUGUGAUACGUUCUUUCCUAAAUUCGACAGAGAACAAUUUAAACUAGUCGAAGAGGAUGGUGUCCCAGCAGAUCUGCAGACAGAAGGAGACAUCACAUACUACUUCAGAGUUUACGAGAAGAUAUAG